GAGCUAUCAGUUGUUCUUGUUUUUAGUGUUAAGCUCUUGGUGAGUAUUUUUACAUGAGAGAUUUUUUUUUCCGCUUUUUACAUUUUUCUGACUUUGAGGCAUCUCUGGGACUUUUUUGUUUUUGUUUUUAUUUUUAUUGCGUUUUUCCUGGCUGGUAUUCCCGAGACUGUGAUGGCUGUUGUGGCGUACAUUUUGUGAUGGCGAUAUAAACUGCGCAUAAAGUAGUUUAAAGUAGCUUCCGCUGCAGUACCAGUAUACAUUUUUUAUCCUUUUAUUUUUGGGCUUUUGUUUUUCGAGUAAGAUACUUCGAAACUCCUUGUUCCUUCCUCGUUUUUUUUUUCUUCUUCCAGGCAUGCAGUAUUACCGUAAUGCUUAUUGAAACGGUGGUUCGUUUUUAUGGACAGAAAUAUAGAGCUUUGCUCCAAGAAAGUCGUCGGUUUUCAGAAAAAAUCAACCUUUUAAAUGUUGCCUUUCAUGUUCGUACACUGUAUCCCUUCAACAUUAAACCUGGUUUUCACAGUCCUCGACGUUGGGUCCUAGCAUGUAUUUUUCAUAUUUUCCUCGCAAACGUGGGCUUCGCUCGGGCUUAACGUUUUCUGAUGCCUCUAUUUUGCUUUUCUCCUGACAGUAUAACGAUUUACGAACAAGGACGGGUUUCUGGAAUCUUAUUUUGCAUCAGUGUAUAAUUUGUGGGUUUUAUUUUUCACACGUCGACGUGAAUGAUGAUGCUAACAUGCAGGGCUGUUUAAGCUAGCCGCACAGCUGAGCUGAAUGGUACCACGUUAAGGGGAGGCCUUUGCGUAAUUUUUGCUCUUAUCUUGGGGUUUUUGUCCGUCCACUUCUAAUAAUCCCAUGCUAUCCUUCUGAAAAUGUCUGAAGUGUUGGGGGGGUGGCGGGCCACCUGAUCCCUCAAAACCAGUUAUGCUGUUGGGUGCCCUUGAGGCACAUCUAUGGAAACCAAUAGGAACAAACUAGAAGGGAAAUUACAUAGAAAAAUUGGCUUGUUUUGUUUGUUUUUUUUAAGAUGCAACAAUUCCCAUUCCCAGCUGAACAUUUGGCAUCACAAAAGAAAAGGAAAAAUCCGAUCACUGUCUGUAUUUUUGUCCAUUUGUUUCCUCUUUUAAAAGAGAUCUGCUUUAAUUUCUAUUAUAAUUCAAAUUGUAAAAAUCCAUGUAAUAUUGAAAAAUAGAUGGUUUGUCAUUAAGGUAUCAAACAGUUGUGAAAAUGAAUGUGGAAUUGGUGAGGAUGACACAUCUAUGAUCUGAAAAAAAUAUACUUGAAUAAAUGCAAUAACAUGUAAAGUAAACUUCUAUUCCACGAGCAAAUGAAACCGAUCAAUGGGCAGUUUGUUAUGUCAUUGUAUCCUGAUUGGAAGUGAUGGAAACAGGACUCGCCUCUGGAGUUUCAUGUAAGAGUAACUGGAGCUGGUAGCUGUUUUUUUUGCUCUGUGGGGUAUCCCCUGCUUUUUACAACACAUUUUCCUGUUCAUUUUACCGAAGAGCGGUUGACCUUUUUUUUUUCUAAUUCUCUUUUUUUGUUUCCUUUUUAGUUUUUGAAGCCACUUUUUUCAGAAGCAGCAAAUCGUAAGUUGGUGUCACCUUUUUUUUCUUUUUUUUUUCUUUUUGAUCCCUUUUUUUCCAUCUCAGCUUCUGCCUCAUUUUUAAUAUUCCACUUUUCACCCCUUUGUGAUGUACCCCUGAUGUUUCUCCCCUUUUGAAUUUCAAGUAGCAUGUAGUUGAUAGUUUUUUGUUUUUGUUUUUUUUAUCUCACUUAUGGCCCUUUUUAAACAACCCCUUCAAAUAUUUCUAAGUUAUGACAAUCGGACUGUAUUUUUAAUGUUUAUUAUUGGGCCAAAACCCCUUUUUUGGGCUUCGUCCAUAAAGCUCUUAAAUGAAAGGACCUCUAAAGGAAAAAUUACACCUUGCUUUUAUGUGUGUUUGUGUUUUUGUGAGUGUGAGUGUGCAUGACAUUUAAUUGAGUCCAGUUUGGUCCAUUACUCGCAUAAUCAAACUUUUUUGCCUUUUUAUUAAACGCAUCUUUCAAAAACAAUGUUUUUUCCCCCCCAUUAAAACAGCAUGAAGUGUCAUUCAUUACUAACUCCAUUAUCAGUCACGUAACAAUGACUCUACUUUGAAUAAAUCUUGUGAGGUGCACUUUUUAGCACACAAAAAAAUCUUUGGUGAUAAUUUACAAAGUUUUGAUUUUAAACUCUUGAAUCCGUGCAUGUUGACGCACGGCUGCACAAUAGCAGUGGGAACAUCUGUUCCCGUCGCAUAGCUGUGCUUGCUUUCAUUAUUUUGCCUCAUCUGCCCCCCACAGUUCAAGCACCAACACGGCACAACUGGGACCGUUACUACCCAAAAGUGUGCCAUAAGCCCCAGACAAGGCCACCAAGAGCAGAGGUGUUCAGUAUGGUUAUAUUGAGAAAUUAUCCCCCCCCCCCCCCGGUCAGGCAACAGCUUAGCUGCCAUAUGUCCCACAAUGUUGAAUUCUUAAUGAAUAUCCUCAGGAGACUUUAGAAUGUGUUACAGUCAUGUGAAAGACCCCAAAAUGAUUUGGUUUAGAGAUGGUCACGGAGGGGUGCAGGAAGUUCAUAGUCAAUGACGGGAUAAGCCAUAAAUCCCUUAACCUUAUUUUGGGGAACUGUACUGCACACACCAGCUGAUAUUUUGGUCUCCCACGUGAACGCAAAGCUAUCCGGUUCUUUAAUUGCUAUUGCCUAAUUGGUUUUGUGUCAUAUAAAUAAGAAAAUAGAUUUUUUAAAAUGUUUUAAAUCCCACAUUGGUAAAUGGCCGAAGCCUGGAAAUUGUUGCUUGAACCCCGGCAUGCCUCCCAGAUUUGGACACAUUUGUGCAGAGGCCUGGUGACAGACAGACAUGCAGUCAGCCCGCCAGCUUAUAGAGACUUCUUCGCCAGAAUCGCAAAAGGGGAGAGCGGCACGCUUCGGCCCAGCAGCCGGCUGCAAACCAUGUAAUCCCCAGCUAGCAGCUGCUGGCCGGCGAGCGGGAGGCUUCACACCGCGUUCUGGCCAGCCGGAGCCCAGGCGGUCGGUUUCAAGAUGGAAGAAUUCUCCCUUAUUGAUUGGACAAAAACAGAAGCGCAAAAGCCUCAACUAAAGCCGGCCUCGAGUUUUCUGCGACGUGUUCUAGCAUUUGCCAUGAUUAUGAAAGCCCCCACCCCCCCCCUGCAGUGUUGCAUAACUUUGCAGUCUUUGCAACUCAUGCGACAGCCGUCCUGAAAAUGUCAGCUCCCCUCCCUACUCCUGCUGAGGUGGGGGCUGCGCGUUUUAAUGCAUAAAGCAUUGUAUGAAUCUCAUAUAUAACAGAAUAUCGACUAAAGGUCUGAACGAGGACAAACACAGUUUGUUUUUUAUCAGAUUAAUCUACAUCUAAGAGGUCCUAUCAAAUAAACUUAGUUGAUAGACCGAAACCACUGUCAUUACAACUGUAAUAAACCAAACUUUAAAGACUUUCAUUGCUAAACAGAAGAGGAAGGCCUUUUGAUGAUUGGUAGGUAUUUUAUUUUUGUCAUAACCAUUUAUCCCACAGGUGUUUCUUUUGUUUCCUUUCUCCCACCUCCUCCCCCUUUUUUUAUAACCCCUAGCGAGAUUUGAUCUCUCUGUCUACCAAUUUCAAUCUCUUUGUCUACCCCCUAAACCCUGAGACAGGUUUAAGACAAAAUAAAGAAAAGAGAGACUCUUCCAGAUGUAGUAGACGUCUCUCUGGCUCCACCUCUCACAGUUUGUCGACGACCCUCUUCUCUCCAGCAGAAAGACAGACAGACAGACAGACAGGCAGACCUCAACCGACCCGAGUGCAGACGCUAUGGAUUGGUCGUCGUCCUCCACCUCCAGCCUGCUGGCCAGCAGCAACGUGACCAACAAGACCGACCCCCGCUCGCUCAACUCCCGGGUCUUCAUAGGGAACCUGAACACCCUGCUGGUCACCAAGGCCGACGUGGAGGCCAUUUUCUCCAAGUACGGCAAGAUCGUGGGCUGCUCCGUGCAUAAAGGCUACGCCUUCGUCCAGUACGCCAACGAGAGGAACGCCCGAGCGGCCGUUGCCGGGGAGGACGGCCGCAUGAUUGUGGGACAGGUGCUAGACAUCAACCUGGCAGGCGAGCCGAAGCCUCACAGGUCAAAGACGGUGAAGCGAUCCGCAGGGGACAUGUACAGCUCCUCCUUUGAUUUGGACUACGACUUCCAAAGAGAUUAUUACGACAGAAUGUACUCCUACCAGUCCCGGGUGCCUCCUCCCCCGCCGCCGCCGCCACUGUCCCGCGCCGUCAUCCCCUCAAAGCGGCCGCGCGUCAGCCUGAGCGCCGGAGGGAGCCGGCGCAACAAGGCUGCCUUCUCCUCCUCCGCCUCUAAGAGCAGCCAGAGGACCUCGCGCACCGUGAGGACGGACGACCUGCAGAGCAUCAAAAGAGAGCUGACGCAGAUCAAACACAAGGUGGACUACCUGCUGGAGAGCUUAGACCGCAUGGAGAAGGACUACAGCAAGAAGUCAGAGAUGAAAAGCUCCAAACCGGAGCCGGGCGAAGUGUCCCCCCUCAACUCGUCUACAUCCAGCAAGAAGGAGGACGGCCUGAAGAGAGACAGGGAGAUCCAGGAGCUGAACGACUCGGAGGAGGACGGAGACCUGCUGGAGGACGAGGACGUGAUGAAAAGCAGAGAGAGAGAGGAGGAUGAGGAGGAGGACGGUGAGCAGGAGGAAGGGGAGGACGACGGCGACAGCGCCAACGGAGACGACCCCUGAAUAGGCGGCGUGGGCCCGGUGGCGUUGUGUGUGAGGCCAGCGGAGGUUCUCACACAGCAGGCUGCAGAUGUGGCUCCUCUCCUGUGUAUUCCAGUCUGAACCCCUUCAGUUAUAGUUGAUAAAUGUUCACCACUUUUCCAUUUUUUUUAUAUUCCGCUUUUACAUGUUUUUCUUUCUUCUCCUUUCUUUUCUCUUUGUUUUCUAAAUGAUUUGUUUUGCGGACAAAUUUGAAAAAAAAAGUGCCGUCCCUUCUAAAAGAAAAAAAAAACGGUCCAUCAUUUGGAUUUAAAGCGAGUCCAGAGAUAAGAAAGGCCCUGCAAGCAUGGUUUGAAACUCUCAAGAUCAAAAGAAACAGGCCCUAUAGCGUGUCUUCACCAGCAGAUGGCGGCGUAAGCCGACCACAAGCUCGCAUGGCCCUGUUGUCCUCAGUCAUUUCUUUAAUCCCCCCCCCCGGCAGGCCCCUCAGAUAGCUGAGUGUGUGCUCAGAUCUCAGAUCCCAGCGUUUGCGAUCUCGGCUGCUCCGGGCUCGUGUGGAGCAGACAUUCUCCACGCUUCUCACAAGGUUUUUUUCGCUCGUCUGCACCGGUAAUAGUUAAUAAACGUGUUUUCCAUGUUGGAACCUGUUCAUGCUUUUUCAUGCCUUACAAAUGAGCGCGGGUUCGUUUCCAUCGGUGCUUUACAGAGAAGCCAAACUUUGGACUUUGGUUGUCAAACAGCAUCCGCUCAGUUCUGAUUUUCUUUUUAUGUAUCAGAGCAUACUUGGGAAUUGGGUGAA